AAGCUAAUUACAAUAUCAUCAUUAACAUCAACAAUGUCUUCUUCAAGAUUUCCCUCCCUUCUUUAUCUGUUAACCUUUGCUUUCCUUCUCCAAGCAGCUUUUGGAGUGGACCCUCUCUUCCAUUUCUGUUCAAACGCUGGGAAUUUCUCCGCCCAUGACCCUUAUGAAGACAACUUAAACAAGCUCACUGGUUACCUCUCCAUUCAAGCUCCUCCCUCAGGUUUUGGCCUUGGUUCCAUAGGCCAGAAGCCAAACCAAGCGUAUGGCCUUGCGCUUUGCAGAGGCGAUGUGUCAACCCCAGAUUGCAAAACCUGUAUUGUUGAAGCAGGCAGUGAAAUCCGCAAACGCUGCCCUUCCAACAAAGGUGCAAUUAUCUGGUACGACAACUGUCUUCUGAAGUAUUCAAACACGGAAUUCUUUGGCCAGAUUGAUAAUCAAAACAAGUUCUACAUGUGGAACUUGAGAGAUGUGAGUGAUCCUCAGUCAUUUAAUCAGAAGACUAAGGAACUGCUUAGUCAACUGGCCAACGAAGCUUAUGCAACUCCCAAACUGUAUGCCACUGGAGAGACGGAGCUCUACGGCUCACAGAAACUUUAUGGAUUGACUCAGUGCACAAGGGACCUUUCCAGCAGUGAUUGUAAGAAGUGCCUUGACGGUAUAAUUGGCGAGCUUCCCAGCUGCUGUGAUGGGAAAGAAGGAGGUAGAGUUGUUGGUGGCAGCUGUAACUUCCGAUAUGAAAUAUACCCUUUUGUUAAUGCUUAAACCUUUGGAAGAAACCUCCAGAGACUAGAGCUAUAGCAGAACUCAUGUGCUAUGAACAAAUAAUAAAGUUUGCAGGAAUAUGUAUGAUCUUAUAUUAGUAUGGGAAUAAGAUUAUUUCCCAUCAUUGUAAGCAAUUUCACGUUCUGGUUAUCACCUGAAUAAACAAAACUUCAGUUGCAUCAGUUUCCUAUUUCCAAAUACCAUUGCUGCAGUUGUCAUUUUUAUA